AUUUGAAACUACGUCAUAUACCUAUAAUUUUUAGUAGGUAUUGUAGUUCGUCAGCUAUUUUUCGAGUUAUUGCAAAUUUUAAAAUAAAAACUGCUAACUUUUAAACAAGCGCAAUUUUCAUAUAUUUAAAGAAGUGGUCUUUCAAGGUGAAGGUAUUGAGAAUCAACUUUCACUACUUCGAAAAAAUUGGACUGAACAAGAUAUUUGAGGGAGUUCUAUUACGCUACUAGAAUGGGUGGUAUUAAUAGGAUUUCCUCUGGCAUCAACCUUUUCGAUCCAAAUUUACUCAAAAAUUUGGAUUGGGAUUCCGUGAAAGGAUGUAUGUCACCCCCUAUCACCAAUGAAAAUACAGGUGAAAAUUGGCUUCUGGUACGUCCACUUCAACUCGAAGAUUUUAAUAAUGGGUAUUUAGACCUUUUGUCCCAAUUGACCACUGUAGGAAAUGUCAACAAAGAAAAAUUCACAAAUCAGUUUUAUGCUAUGCAGAGAGGUGGAGGAUAUUAUGUGACAGUCAUUGAGGAUACACGAAAUAAUAAAAUAAUAGGUGCAGCAACUUUGGUUACGGAAUUUAAAUUUAUUCAUGAAUGUGCUUUGAGAGCAAGAUUAGAAGAUGUGGUAGUCAAUACUACUUACAGGGGCAAACAACUAGGAAAAUUGAUGUUUCAUUCCAGAAUUGUUCUAACAGUAUCGCUACUUUCAAAAAAACUUGGAUGCUACAAAAUGUCCUUGGACUGUAAAGAUAAGCUCAUUCCGUUUUACAAAUCUAUUGGGUACAAAUUGGAACCUGGAAAUGCUAAUUCAAUGGUAAUUCGUUAUGAAACACCACCAGAGGGGCAGAAGAUCUUUUGACAAUUAGCCGCUAAUGCACCUAACACUAAAUCCAAACUAUAAAUUCCUUUCGUAAUGUUUUCAGUUUCAAACAUCUUAGAGUUUAAAGUAGGUGUGAAAAUUAUUUUCUUCUUGUUCUCUAUGGUGUGGAACUGAAGACUGGGACCGUAUUCUCGAUAAGUGAUCUUUCAAAACGUAUACAUACAGUGUUCAGUGCACUGAAAGUACGUAUACGUUUUGAAAGAUCACUUGUCGAGAAUACGGUCCCUGGUAUUAGUUAGAUUUUUUGUUUGUGCAUUAGCAUGUAAUUCUUUGAGUUUUCAUUAUGAUGUUGUUUUUACUACAUAUGUUAAGUAUUAUAAUUCUGUGGUAUUAUGAAUAAACAUUGAAAAAAUU